AUGGCGAUAACUGUCCGACCAAAAUACUCAUGCAUAAAAAAGCCCUCUAAAAGAAAAGUUAUAAACACUGCCAAAUUGGCAGAUCCAAACAUAAGAUCAGAGCUAGGCCUUAGGAUCUCCGAAACUCUUACAAGGGCUACAGACACAGAAAGCGAUGACCCUGAACAUAUUUGGAUAAACAUUCGGGACGCCAUACAAUCUGAAUGUGAAAAGAGUCUAGGAGAAACAGUAAGAUGCAAUAAGGACUGGUUCAGGGAUAAAGAUGAGGAAAUAGAAUCCGCCCUUCAGCUCAAAAGAAAAGCACACGCCGGCCUCGUGAAUAACCCAGAGUGCAGACAAGCCCAGAAGCAUUUUGCAACUGCUAAACACGAAGCUCAAAAAACAAUCAGGGCAGCCAAAAAUUCUUGGUGGAAAAGUAAAGUUAAUGAAAUUCAGGCUUACGCUGACAACAAUGAUAGUAGACGUUUUUUCCAAGCUCUGAGGGAAGUAUACGGCCCCGUAAAUAGCUUUUCUUUAAUAAGGGACGUAAACGGCCAACUACUGAAAGAUGACACUGAAAUUCGUCACAGGUGGAAGGAACAUUUUUGGCUAGUCCUGAAUCAAAACUCAAAUAUUGACCAGGAAAUUUAUUACUUAUUGCCUCAAUACGACGCUGCAAACUUCUUAUCCGUCCCACUCACACGAAAAGAAAUCGCUGAUGCAAUCGCAUCUUUAAAAAACAACAAAGCAACCGGAAAGGACUCAAUACCUGCUGAAAUUUACAAGGCGCUGACACCGGAAUUAAUGCCCCAUCUUGAAAAUCUAUUUACCGUUAUCUGGGAGCGAGAAUCAGUACCCCAGGAUUUUAGGGACUCAAUAAUCAUUAGCCUCUAUAAAAAUAAGGGAGAUAAAACCGAAUGCGGAAAUUACAGAGGAAUCUCUCUAUUGGCUGUUGCAGGAAAAAUCUUAGAAAAAAUAAUAAUAAAUAGAAUGAUGCCCUAUGUAGACAAACUGAUACCUGACUUUCAGAGUGGCUUUCGACCGAGAAGAUCUACUGUAAAUAUGGUCUUCUGCCUUCGUCAGAUUCAAGAGAAAACUAUCGAACAACAGCAAAACGUACAUUUUGCUUUUAUCGACAUAACUAAGGCAUUGGAUACGGUCAAUAGGGAUGCACUCUGA